AUGGCUGCUAGAUUGUCUCCGACAUAUUUGGAAAACACCCAGUUAGGAUAUGCUAACAAAGAGGAGUUUGAAGUAUUGGCCAUUGAUACCUUAAUAGAUACAAAUUGGAGGAAUCCAAUUAUUAAUUAUCUCAAGGACCCUUCGACAGAUACAGAAAGAAAAACCAAGUACAUGGCUUUAUCUUAUGUGUUGAUAGGGAAUGAAUUAUUCAAGAAAACCCCUGAAGGGAUCCUGUUGAAAUGCUUAGGAGAAAGCGAAGCUUACUUGGCAUUAUCUAGUGUACAUAGUGGAGCUUGUGGAGCACACCAGGCAGGCCAUAAGAUGAAAUGGUUGCUUUUCAGAUAUGGAAUGUAUUGGCCCACCAUGUUAAAAGAUUGUAUAGAAUUUGCUAAGGGUUGCCAAGAAUGUCAAAUACAUGCAGGAAUUCAACAUGCUCCUGCAAGUGAGCUUCAUAUAAUUAUUAAGCCUUGGCCUUUCAGAGGGUGGGCAUUAGAUCUACCUGGGGAAAUUAGACCCAAUUCAUCCUAA